CAUUUGGCAUUGAAUCGAGUGCCUUGUACUACUUGCGUGCAAUAACGUAUCAUUUCUCAUCCAAUCUGAUAUCUCUUGCACAUUUCGAAAUGGCUCUGAUAAACGUUUCACGUUUGACUGUGAUAGGAGUCCUAUCUAUAUUCUCCUGCUUCAUUCAAGGUACAUUAGCCUCGGAUGUACCCGACGAUACCGUGUACACUGAUGGACAGAAAACGGUACGGAAGGGAGACAGCGUUGUCCUUACAUGUCGGUUUCGAGGGACACCAUAUGCUGUUUACUGGAAGAAAGGUGAUGACCCAAGAAGUGCGCCAAACCUUGUAUCAUGGAUUCCUACGGAUGACGUCACGGGUAAAUGUGAAGGUCAAAGGCCAUGUGAGAUCAUGGAGAUGAAUGAAGAUCGAUCUUUGGUCAUUAAAGAAGUCAGCAUUGCAGAGGAAGGUCGAUACAUUUGCAGAGUAUCGAACUACCAGGGAAACCUCAUUCACAACUUUACAGAUAUCCGUGUAUUUUCGCCUCCCUCUGAACCGUAUCCACGUAUUGAGGAAUGCCAAGGGGAACCCGUCAACAAUGUCAAGCAAUCCUGCCGGCUUCCAGCUUCUGACAGUGUCACCAUCACCUGUACCGCAUCGAAGUACUUUCCCGAAAUCGAUCUGUUCUUCCUCCAUGAAUCUAUUACGACGAACGCAACAUACUCGCAAAUCGGUGAACAGAAAAACGUGGACGGCACUAAAAACAAAUCGGUUUCCAUCGUCGCCAGGCCGAGUGAAACCCCCUAUGUGUGCGUGGCAUCCCGUAUCCCUGGAUCGCCAGCCCGAAGGACAGUUAGUGUAACAGUGUAUACUAUUGAGUCAACAGUUGCCAUGACGACAACCCAAACUAAUCAUACGAUUCCACCUCACCAGAUACAUGGAGCAGCCAAAGUUGGUUAUUCCCCUUAUUUGUAG